AAGUGUGUACUCACGUAGUCAGUGUUCGUCAGUAGCAUCGUCGCGGUCUCGAUCACAAGUGCUUGCAUAUCCGCGGGAACGUGACAACGCAACAAAGUCAACAGUGCAGUUUCCCGUACCAAACGAGACGGACAUCGUUAGUUCUACUCGGAUAUCUCGAUCGACCGGUGGACACGCCGCGGUCUCGUUAUUUCCGUAUAUUUCUUGUACGGAAAAAUGAUCUCGACGAUAGUAUCGUUCGUGGGUACUCUAGUAAUACGUGACGCGCGUUGACAGCGUGGUUCUCGUGUGUCAACCUUUGUUCGGUGUCUAAUUUGAAUUUCAUUGUGAUCCGUGCGAUAGAAACGAGCGCGCAAUGGAUGCGAAGAGUGUUGACACGGAAAAGAAGCUGAAGUACCCCAAGUCGGUAUUCUUCAUCAUCGGCAAUGAGUUCUGCGAACGGUUCUCGUUUUAUGGAAUGAGAACCGUGCUGACGCUCUAUCUACGGAAUUACCUGAAUUACAACGACAAUACAUCUACCGCGAUAUAUCAUGUUUUCACGAUGUUCGCCUACUUUUUCCCCGUGUUCGGGGCGAUACUGGCGGACUCGUUACUUGGAAAAUUUCGCACGAUCUUCUACUUGAGCAUCGUUUACGCCAUUGGACAAAUUCUCCUCUCCUUAACUGCGGCUCCGCCUAUAGGAUUACCAAAGAGGGAAUUUUCAUUGGUUGGUCUACUCCUUAUAGCCCUUGGCACCGGCGGUAUAAAGCCUUGCGUGACGGCGUUCGGCGGUGACCAGUUCGUUCUGCCUCAACAGGAACGAUACUUGUCCACGUAUUUCUCGCUCUUCUACUUUUCCAUCAACUUCGGUUCCUUGAUCUCGAGCUUCCUUACCCCGAUACUUCGCAGCGACGUCGAAUGCUUCGGUGAAAAAACCUGUUACUCCUUAGCGUUUUUCGUCCCGGCUAUUCUCAUGACCGUGUCCAUCGUGAUAUUCAUCGUUGGGAGGCCGUUGUACAAAAUAGUGAAACCUACAGGGAACGUUGUCCUGGUUGUCUCCAAAUGCAUUUCCCACGCCAUUUACCAGAAGGUGACGUCGAAAAAUAAACGGGAACACUGGCUCGAUCACGCGGACGACGAGUACGAUAGAUCGCUGAUAAACGACAUCAAAGCAGCCCUGCAGGUCAUGAAACUGUUCAUUCCAAUACCGAUAUUCUGGGCGCUGUUCGAUCAGCAGGCGUCCCGGUGGACGAUCCAGGCGUCGAAAAUGAACGGUGAGAUCGGAAGUUUCUUGCUUCAACCGGAUCAAAUGCAGGUGAUCAAUCCACUUCUGGUGCUCGCCUUCAUCCCGAUAUUCGAGGCCUGUUUUUAUCCGCUUCUCGCGAAGAUCGGUCUCCGGACGCCGCUCAAGAAAUUGACUAUAGGCGGCGUACUAGCCGCUCUGGCCUUUGUCAUGUCGGCGCUCGUUGAACUUCAAUUAGAGACAACGUAUCCGGUUUUACCUUCGGAGGGCGUCGCUCAGUUACGAGUCUUCAAUACCUUAAACUGUCCGGUAAAUAUGACAAUAGGCGAUCAAUCCUUUGUACUUAAGGAAAUGGACAUGUGGGCAAAUGUGAACAUCGAAACAACCGGACGAUUGUUCGACUAUACAGCACAAUCGGAAUCGUGCAAAAUUAACUCUAAUGGUAUGAUUUUCGUAACGAGAGGCGUCGCAACUUCUUGGGUGAUGGGACCUGAUGGCCUCUCGUACAAUUACGUUGACUUAAUAGAUAAAUCGAAAACAGGUGAUCCGUUGGUACGUGGUCUCCUUUUCGUAAACGAAUCGUCCUCGCCUGUCGAAUUGUCGCUACGUAAAGGCGAUAAACCGUCCGUCUCUUUUUCACUAAAUGCUGGCAUACACAAAACCGCUUUGAAAGAAAUCAAAACCAGCGUUUAUGAUAUCUGGAUUGGCGAUCAGAAAGCGAAGAGCGAUGUGCAGUUAAAAUUAGGCGGAGUUUACACGGUCGUUGGCUCUGUCUCUUCAAACGAGAAGAACGUUAAUAUCGUAACCGUAACGGAACCAAACUCUAUGCACAUACUAUGGCAAAUACCGCAAUACAUCCUGAUUACAUUUGGCGAAGUUAUGUUCUCUGUGACAGGUUUAGAAUUUGCAUUCACCCAAGCACCUACCAGUAUGAAGUCUUUGUUGCAAGCUAGCUGGCUGCUAACGGUAGCUUUCGGUAAUCUCAUCGUGGUGAUUAUCGCGGAAGGUUCAUGGUUCAGCAGGCAGGUUUACGAAUUCUUCCUAUUCGCCGGGCUGAUGUUCGUCGAUAUGAUAAUAUUUGCCUUUAUGGCAAAAUUCUAUAAAUACGUUGAGGUACCCGACGACGGAAGCAUCACGGAAGAAAUUAAUAUGGACGUCAAGAAUGGAAUAGUUAACGAGUCUUACAAAGACAACGAGAAGUGAACUGUUAACUAUCGAAAUACUAAAGUUUACAGGAUUUCCAAGUGAUUUUGUACAUGUUCCACACGACCGCGAUAUUUUAAGGUAAUCAGAGCGCAAAGAAUUAUUAUGCACGAACAAUUUUUAUUUUCUUUGUUGAUUUUACCCCUGUUUCAAGGGUAGCAAAUGUUUCUACGAAGAAACAGAAGACAAAAGGAGAAAAAGUCAAGUCAUUGAUUUUUUAACUGAAAGUAGAAGUUUAAAAAUUUGUUCGUGUCUGAGAUGACGUAGCAAUCAAUGUUUUACGUUAAAAUAAUAGUUCUAUGCCA